ACGGGACACGUCUGCUUCUUAAAGGGACCACGCACACGCCUGCCGGCCUUUGUCUCUCUCUCUCUCGCUCUCUCUCCCUUACUCUCUCUCAUCUUGAGAGAGUGCACUCAACCCUCAGCGCUCGCUCGCUCUCUUCGCAUUUCCUCCUCCUCUCUCCUCGCAUCAGCAGAGUCCCAUCCACCAAAGUCUGAGUCCCAUCCAACGUCUGCGUCCCAUCCCACGCCCGAGUCCCAUCCCACGCCCGAGUCCCUCGUCCUCUGCCCCAUUGCGCCGCGCGCUCUUUACAACCAAAAAAAAGUCGCUCCGUCGAUACGCGCGUCCCGCCGCUCAAUAAAGGGCAUCUGGGGUGGACUAAAAGGGCCACUGACGAGUGCCGCGCGGUCUGUGUUGAGUUGUCAUGACGCCGCCUCGCCCUCACCCGGAGCCUCCUCGCCUGCUGCUACCGUCGCCGCUGCUCCUGCUGCUACUGCUGCUGCUGCCGAUCUCCAGUCGCGCGCAGUUCCCCAGAGUUUGCGCCACCGUGGAGGCGCUCAACUCCGGUGAUUGCUGCCCGCCGAUGCCAGGGGCAGGGACCGGGGACCGAUGCGGAGACACCGAUGGUCGAGGUUCCUGUCAGCCCGUCGUGGUGGAAGACCUCCCGCACGGCCCCCAAUUCUCGCUCGACGGCCGCGACGACCGCGAGCGAUGGCCCCUGCGCUUCUUCAACCGCUCAUGCGCCUGCGCGGGCUCCUUCUGGGGCCCCGCGUGCUCGCGCUGCCGCUGGGGCUGGACGGGCGCGCGCUGCGAGCUUCGGAGCCCUCCGGUGGCGCGCCGCGACAUCGCGACGCUCACGGGGGCCGAGCGGGAGCGGCUCGUCGCGACGCUCGACCUCGCCAAGCGCACGCCGCACCCGGAGAUCGUGAUCGCCACGCGGACACGGGAUGAGAUCCUCGGCCCGGACGGGGCCACGCCGCAGGUGCAGAACGUGAGCGUCUACGACGCGUUCGUGUGGACCCACUACUACUCGGUGCGCCGCACCUACCUCGGCAACGGCACGAGCAGCGCCGAGGCGGACUUCUCGCACAAGGGUCCCGGAUUCCUCACGUGGCACCGCUACCACCUACUGGCACUGGAGCGCGACCUCCAGGAGCUGCUGGGGGACCCGGCCUUCGCCAUCCCCUACUGGAACUUCGCGCGCGGCGGAGCGGAGUGCGACGCGUGCGACGACUCCCUGCUGGGCGCGCCGCACCCCCAGAACCCCUCGCUGCUCAGCCCCGCGUCGCCCUUCUCGCGGUGGCGCCUCCUGUGCAGCGACAACGUCUACUACGACACGACGGGCGCGCUGUGCAACGACACGGUGGGGGGUCCGAUCCGUCGGAACCCGGCGGGUAACGUGGACAACCCGAUGCUGACUCGACUGCCGGAGCCCGAGGACGUGACCCAGUGCCUGCAGCUCGGAGCCUUCGACACGGCACCCUUCUUCUCCAACUCCGACGGGAGCUUCCGCAACUCCCUCGAAGGCUACUCGGAGCCGUCUGGCCGCUACGACGCCCGUCUCCGCAGCCUGCACAACCUGGCGCACCUGUUCCUGAAUGGCACGGGGGGCCAGGUCUACCUCUCCCCCAACGACCCCCUCUUCGUGCCCCUGCACGCGUUCGUGGACGCCGUCUUCGACGAGUGGCUGCGCAGACACGGAGCGGCCCUGACGGCGUUCCCGCUGAUGAACGCUCCUCUGGGGCACAACCGCGGCUACCACAUGGUGCCCUUCUGGCCGCCCGUGCGCCACUCGGAGAUGUUCGUCACGGCACCGGAGAAUCUCGGGUACACCUACGAGGUCACCUGGCCAGACCAGCAGCUCUCCCAGCUGGAGAUCUCGGCCAUCUCGGUGCUGUGCGCGCUGUGCGGCGUGGCCCUCGCCUCGGGCUUCCUGGCCCUGGCUCUGCGCGCGCGCCGGAGGAGGAGGGCGGCCCUCCAGGAGAGCCAGGACCCCCUGCGGCCCCUGCUCACCGACAGCGGCUACCAGCGAUACGACAGCGGCACCGUGGGCGGCGGGGGGGCGGAGCCCGCACUGCGGAGCAAGACGCACACCGCCGUGUAGCGGCCACGUCGCUCUGGUGGUGG